CGUACAUAGCGCGUCGUCACGUCGUGUAUUUACCGUGGCAUCCACCGCGUCCUCAGCGGGGUGAAUCCGCGCGCGAAUUACGGUUGUCGAGCAAUUGGAUUGCAUUCGACGCCCCGAGGAUCACGAGCAGCGAAUAAAAAGAUCGCGAUUCCGCGAAACGUGCUGAAGAGAAAAGAAUCUAAAUUUUAUAGAUAAAUAAAUUUUAGACAGAUUUUCUCUCUCCUAACGAGUUAAUAUGCAACCGCGUGCGCCGCGUCCGGUCCGACGGAGGUCAUAAAUGACGCCGGAUAGCGUGCGCGCGAAUAGCGCGUUGCGGUGUUACGAACGGCUUUCCUUCAGUACAUGCAGUAAGCGAAAACGGACGGAUCAAGAAUGACGGGAUCUUCGGCGGUCAUCAUUAAUAUCAGUAUCAGCAACAUCGCGACGACAACGAUCGAGGAAACGACCACCAGGGUGUUAAUAGCGGCAGAUUUUCGGCUCGGUCUCACGUGUUCGCGCGUUGCUUAAGACAGCGACAUGAGAAUAUUACGAACGAUAGCGUAGAAAAACAUCACAUUCAUACGAGAUUCGCUAAGAAGUGCAAUAAAAAAAUACACAGCUAAGACAGAGUGCGUUCACAGAAUUCAGUCUGCACCAGCUGAUCGCUGACAAAUACAACACGCGACAUGUUCAUCGCUAAUUAACACGCGCGCUCGUACGUUUUUCAUUGAUAAUCUGGAAGAUCCUCUUAUUGAACUACAAUAAAGCAGUGCAUCUGCAAAAUGGCAUGCCCGUUCUCCAGCAGACGUUUCAAACUAGAUCGCAAAGAUGAAAGCAAGGACGGGGAUCAGCGUAGAAUCCCGAGGAUCAGACAGGACGAACGAUGCAAGCCGUCGCGACAAUCGUCGAUUCAAAUAACGUCAUCGCUUUUGGGAGAAGACGGUGACGACCUCGAGGAUACACAGACACUUAACCUGAAACACCUAAGAGCCGCGGUGACCCUCUUGACAAACCCUUCGAACGAAGUGGUAGCUGUGGCGUUAGAAGCUCUAUUAAAUAAACAUGAAGUACCUCUUCCAGCGUCGACAACGUCGUCUUUAGAAAAACUUCUAAAUAAUGUUGAAGAGGAAGAGAAUUAUAAUUUACUGGAAGACAUUUACGAGACAUUGAAUUACGAUUGUGACGUCGACGUGAACGCGUUUCUCGAUCAUCUCGGACAGGAGCUGAUCACGUGGACUUGCGUGGGUCUCUUAGAGCGGGCCUUUCGUUGCCUUGGGAACGAUCUGACCGCCUUCCUGACCACACUCGACGGCGUAAACGACGUUGUUCAGCAUCAGUCAGGAUCGGAUACCGAGGCAGAGUUUGUGUGUAUCGCCACACCGGAAGCGUUGGAGCUACAUUUCACCACCGAUCACCCCUCUAUUGCCUAUCUGCUCGUCGGCAGUUUGAAGGGUAUCGCAAGGCAGUUCUAUAACGAUAAAGCCGAUGUGUAUAUACUGCCGGAUCCCUACAAUACGAAAUUUUUUAGAUACCGUAUUACUCCGGAGCGUUACAUCGAACAACUUGAUGCUGAUGUAGAAAACUACGAUGUAGUAUCACUCACUUUCCGUCCACUCUCUACUAAAGCAACAGAUCUUCGUAUGGGUGUAGCAAGCUUCUGCAAGGCAUUCCCGUGGCAUUUCGUCGUUGAUCGUCAGCUAGAACUCGUGCAACUUGGCGUCGGUUUCAUGAAAAUUUUUGGUCACCAUCUGAAUCGUCUCGGCAGAGAGAUAUCGACGUAUUUCGUCUUCACACGACCCCACGGCGUCAGUCUGACCUUUCACGAGAUCCUAAAGCGCGCGAACACACCGUUUAUUUUGACCCUUCAGAGACCGCAUGGCGUCGAUAAAUAUCCCGCGGAGGGAUUGGAAAUGAAGGGUCAGAUGGUACACUGUCCAGAAUCAGACUCAAUUUUGUUUGUAAGCUCACCAUUUCUAAAUGGUUUAGAGGGCUUAACGGGUCGAGGACUCUUCAUUUCUGAUAUUCCUCUUCAUGAUGCUACAAGAGACGUUAUUCUCGUUGGCGAGCAAGCUAGAGCACAGGAUGGCUUAAGAAGGCGUAUGGACAAAUUGAAAAGUUCUAUAGAGGAAGCCAAUCUAGCAGUCAAUGCGGAAAGAGAAAAGAAUGUCAGUCUUCUACAUCUUAUAUUUCCACCGGAUAUUGCGAAGCGUCUCUGGCUGGGAGAAACGAUUGAAGCUAAGACAUAUCCGGAUGUCACAAUGUUGUUUAGUGAUAUAGUCGGAUUUACGGCCAUCUGUGCUACAGCGACACCAAUGAUGGUCAUCAAUAUGCUUCAAAAUCUCUACGAGCAAUUUGAUUUGUAUUGCGGUCAGUUGGAUGUAUAUAAGGUAGAGACAAUCGGCGAUGCUUAUUGCGUUGCAUGCGGCCUUCAUCGAAAUACUAAUACACACGCGCAACAAAUUGCUUGGAUGGGCCUAAAGAUGAUACAAACAUGCUCUCAUCAUUUGACUCACGAAGGAAAGCCAAUAAAGAUGCGUAUCGGCAUUCAUACCGGAAUGGUACUGGCAGGCGUCGUGGGUAAGAAAAUGCCAAGAUACUGUCUCUUUGGGCAUAAUGUCACGUUGGCGAAUAAAUUUGAAUCUACGAGCGAGCCGCUUCGCGUCAACGUCAGUCCAACUACGUACCUGUGUUUAAUACAAAAAUCGGGAUUUAUACUGGAACCGCGGACCAAGGAUAAUUUACCCAAGGGGAUGCCAGCCAAUAUUUCAGGCACGUGCUAUUUUCUGAAUGGAUAUCAGCAUAGCGAUGUCAGCGCGAGCGAACCUCUCGAUGUGCAUAUUCAAGCUGCAAUUACGGAAUUCGGAAUCAGUAGCAAUAUGUAGAUAUUGUCCGACACGGGGACAUAUACCGACGAAACCGUGCCGCUGAUAAGUGUGUUACUUUAACGAUAUUACUAUCGAUAAUAGCGAUGAUGCACACACCCGACAUUAUCAGAUCGAUCGAUGUAUAUGAGCUCUCAAGCUGGCACUAAAGGUACAUUAAAAGCAUGGCGCUAAUUGUACGUAUCCAUUGAAAGAGAUCCUGUGCGAAUGCUAUUUAUACGCAGAGUCUUAGAUUGUAAUCAUUAUAUACUUAUUAAAUAUAAGAAGCAAGUAAAACUCUACCA